AAUAGAAAUAUUGUCAGAAUUAAAAAUGAGUCAGCUGUGAACUGGAUUUGUGGUAUAAAUUGCAAUUUAUUGUCAGAGACACACAUAAAACUUUUCAAGAUGAUGAACAGAUUAUUUGGUGGAAAGGGCAAAAGUCCUCAAGCAACGAAUCUUCAGACUCAAAGAACAAAACAGAUCGAGAGUAUGAAGAAAACAAACUUGAGUGUGAUUGAAAUUGUUCGGGACGUCGAAUACAGGGCAACUAUUUCCAACAUAUCUGGAACAAACAUCAAUCUGAUCAUCACACUGUCUCCCCAGUUUCCCCAGGACAAGCCAUCGGUGACAGUUCAGCCUCCCCUCACCCAUCCCUGGGUGGACAUACAAAUGAAAGUUGUCGGCUGCCCAAAUAUCAAUAAUUUUUCCAUGCACUCAGACCUUGGGGUUGCAAUACAGACCAUAGUAGAGGAGUUUAAGAAGACACCUCCAAGGAUUUUACCUCAUCUUGUUGGUCAGCAGUUUGGAGCCCCUCAGCCCCCGGUAGCUCCAGUGUCAGGGCCUGGCUAUCCCUUGUAUGGGAAUCCACAAGCUUUGUAUCCCCUAGUAGGACCCCCACCUCUGCCCCCAAGGGCUGUGGAAAAUGGAAGGGAAGGCCCACCGAUUUUGUCAGAUCAGGAUACUAAUGCCUCCAGUCCAGCCUACCCUGUGCCAGACAUAAUGAAAGCUUAUCCCGAGCUCAAGGAUAAAGGAUUGUUUGAGCUGCAGGAGCUGGUUGAUAACGAGGAGAAAGUGCUAGACUUACUGCAGGGUCUUCCAGAGCUGGCAAGGUUCACUCAAGACAGGGAGGAUAUUUCAGCUCAGUGCGUGCAGCUUGCAAGAGAGAACCUCACCAAACAACCAGUGGUGGAAGAACUGAAAGAUUCUGUCUUGAAGAAGAUGUCCGAGCUUGAUGCCAUCAAGGGGGAGUUUGAAACUCACUGUGAGCACCACCUGACGCUGUCCGACCAGUUCCAUCCUGCCAACAUCCAGACAAAUCUCAAGGUCGCUGUCAUGGAGGCAGAGGAGGAGUCGGAGAAGAUAGCAGAUGACUUCCUGGAUAAAAAAAUUGACAUUGAAGAAUUCCUGCAAACAUAUAUGCAGAAGAGAACAUUGUGUCACAUGAGAAAAGCCAAAGAAGAGAAGCUGAACCAGAUCAUCAUGGCAUCCGGUGGUCCUGGAUCACAAUACUGAGACUGAAUAUAAACUUUCGAGUGUCUAAAGGCCCUGGACUUGGAUACACAGAAUAUAUAUCAGGAUACUGAGGCUGAAUAUAAACUUUUGGGUGUCUUAUGGCCUUUGACCCGGAUACAAUGAAUGUACAUAUAUUUCACUUAGUCUUGGGCCUUGCGCAUUGAUACGGAGGAUGUGUGUAUAUACUUCAAAGUGACUACGCAUCAUCUAGAUGGAAGGAUGAGAGAUAUACUUCAAGGUGAUGAAGGCCCUGAAUCUGGAUACAGUGAAUAGAUGUAUACUUGAACGUGUCUCGAAUCCCAACAUUUGGGUUUUUGACAGGGAUGUAUACAAGUGUACAUGUGGCUUUUUGGUGAGCUGUAAUGAAUCCCAAGACAGGAAUCCUGGCAUCACUGGGUGGCAUUAUUCCUAGUGAAUCGUCUGGAUUAAAAGAUAUCCAGAUUAGUGAAUCAUAGGUACGCAGUAAUGCAGGGUUAGAACUAAACUUAAGAGCUUUACUAGCCUGGGGAAAGAAGAAAUACUCCAUUUGUCACCACUCGCCCCUUUCCAUAACCUGCAAGAAGACUUGUCCCCCCUAUCGAUGAAUGUUAUGUGCAAUAAUACGGCAAACCAAUCAGAAUACGUGCAUGAUUUCAAGUUCUUUGUCAAAGAAUCACUCAGGAAUAAUUUUUGAUUUUACAUAUGUCCUGCAUCUGAAAAUAUACCCGAGAUACAGUUAAAUGUGUUCAAUCAUACUGUAUAAUUCCGCAUGUCCAAUUGUGCUUUAAAUUGCAUCUGAAAUAUAUAUAAUUUAUGGGGAAAUAUAUGCGAAUCAGUACGCAACGAGUUGACAAUUGUUUUAGGUAUACCCAUUUGUGCUAAGACGGAACCCAGUCGCAAAAAUGGCCAUGAGAGGGGCAUGAGUUGCUAUUCGGCUUGCCCCGGAAUAACAUGAGUUGGUCACGAAUGGAAAUAGCCUUGUAAUGUUAAAACAAUGAGAAAUUUGUACAAGCACGCAGGAAUUUGUUCUAGCCCCAGGCUUGUGGGCUGGUGUUAAGUUCUAACCCUUAAUGUCCCAUUAAUUGUAUUGUACCGUUGCCAACAGAAAUUGUCCAGAUUGUGAGGUUUCCAGACAAGAAGGGUCUGUUUUCCAUGAAUAUGUAUCGUGCCAUCUUUCAAGGUUGGACACAUGUUUGUCUCGCGUGCCAACAAAGCUGUCACACCUUGAAUCCCUCCUUCAAAGCUGCACAGACUUGCCUUGCUAUAAUAACAGCACAAACAAACCUAUUUCACUGUUGCUAUGGUUAUCCAGCGAUGUGCCUGAUGUAAAGAUUUUAUCACAUAGAGGAUGCGUUCUUUCAUGCAAUGGCAAGUAGUCAUUGAUAUACAGGGUCACAAGUGUCAGGUUGAGAGUGCUCUCCCCUGAUCUGUACAUUCCCACUGCUUUUAACUUCCACAUUGUUCUGCGACAUUGUAUGCACAUUGGAAACAAGCAAAGCAUUGCACGCAUUGCACGUACUGCUAUUCAUGCCCAAUAUGUUGGGUAACUUUCAUAUCCUCAGUAGAUAGUGAUAUUUUCCAAGUAAUGAGGAAUGCCUUUUAUCAACUCUGUGAAGAUAUGCUAGAAAGGACUGCUCUUCCAUUUUUAUUUUGAGUUAUAUUUUAUUAGAUGUGCUCAGUUAUGAUCUGUUUGUCAUGUUUUUGAUUCCUUCAAUUUUACGUUAAAAGAUUGAUGGAAAGGUCAGGGAUGCAGCAACUUGUUUUAGUUACAAGCAUCUGAAAGAUUGUAUCCAUCAGACAGACUGAUGUUGACUGCUUGUCAUCAAAAAUGUCCGGGCAGAUUCUUUUCAUAUUGGGUGAUAGUAUAAAAGAAAGAUGUUCUAUCAAGGUUAAUGUCGUGAAAUGUCCUAAUGACAUUAGUCAUGAUCCACAUCACUGUUAAAUGAUGUAUGUAUGAUAGGAAGAUGUAUUGUUUUUACAUUUGUUUUUAAUGUUUUCUCUUUUUUAAGAAUAAUUGAUUUGGUGGGGUUUCCGCUUCUUUUAGGCUUAAAAAAAUAGGAAUUGGUUCUCAGGCAAUAACUUUUGAAAAUAUGGUGCGGACAGGCGGUUGUUUUUUUUUUGCUUGUUCAAAUUAGUUUGUAACCAAAUAUACAGUUGAGUUGUGUACCAUCAACCUGGGAAAGGGCCUACAGGAAUACAAACUCCUAUGGCCGCCAUGACCAUAACACAAGAUGCGUUCAUGUAAAGGGAAGUAACUGUGUGCUGUUUUAGAUCCAUUGUUUUUAAGUACAGUAUAAGGAUUUUUUGAUUUUUUUGAAAAUGGAAAUAAAAACAAAAUGUGCGGCAGACUUUAUGACGAUGCAGGCGGUGCCUGAGAACCAAGACUUAUGUUUUUUAGCCUAAGCAAUAUUACAGAAAUGACUCUGCAGGAGACACUCAGAACUGGCUUCAACAUUGCCCACAUUGCUCUGUAUUGCAUCAACUCAGAUCAGGGUUUAAAGGACCUGAUUUUAUAAGAUUGUGCUGUGCCCAGCAUUGAUAUUGCUAGAAAUUAGAGUUGUCCUCAAAACAGCACAGAACCGUGAACAGAUUUGAGCAGGACAGGUUUGAAAUGAUAUGAUGUUAUCCUUGAGGGAAUAUGGCCAAGUGCUGUAUGAACAAGUGUUUUGGUCAGUAUAUCCAUGAAUGAAUAUGGACAUGAUUAUGGAAAGAAACUUUUCAAAAUGUUUGGUGAAAUUUGUCAUAUAGCCAUGAUAACCAGUGUUAUGUUUAUAUGGAUACUGGUCAAUAGAAACACAUGAGUUUAAAUCAAAUAUAAACAUGGUUACUCGUGAAUGUGCCAAUGUUUUAGCAUAGACGAAAGAAGACAAGAAUCAAAAAUGUUUUUUAAUUUGAUAAGAGACUCGUCUUAUCAUAUACGUUGUAGAUCAGAACUUCUUAUAUGGUAUGACCUUUCCCCAGAAUUUUUUAAAAUGUUUUUUUCCUUUUUCCUUUCUCAACACAUAAGGACUAAUUAUCAGAUUCUCAUCCAACGUUUUAAAUUAUGUAAUGCGGGAGGCAUUUUUUAUUUAUUUAUUAUUUUUUUACAAUUGUUUUAAAAAAUCUGUUCAAGGUAUCCAUAUUAAUGACGUCAACGGAUGUGAUUCAGAUGAAGGAGGAAUGUUGGUAAGGACUGUGCAUAGUGUGGUGUAUUUCAAUCUCAUUAAAAUCGAAUCUUACUUCUUGCUUCCGCUAAACAAAGAUCGGAGGACAUUCCAUUACGGGUCACGUCAGACCGACCUUGCGCGAACUUUGACCAAU